AAAGAAAUGGAAGGCAAAGGGGAGUUGAUGACGACUCAGUUAAGUCGAAUUCAUGUUAUUUAUUUUCUGAGUCGAAUGGGACGAAUCGAGCACCCUCACCUCAUUCGAGUUCAUCAUCUCAGUCGAAACGGAGUUUAUUUACGAGAUGUUAAGAGAUGGCUAUCGGAUUUGCGAGGAAAAGAUAUGCCAGAUUCAUUUGCUUGGUCUUACAAGAGGAGGUACAAGGCAGGUUAUGUUUGGCAAGACUUGGUCGAUGAAGAUCUCAUCAAUCCAAUAUCUGAUAACGAAUUCGUCCUCAAAGGAUCAGAAAUCUCCUCCGUUCCAUUGCAUUCUUGUUCUUGCGGUGAAAAGAAAGCUUCAACCCCUGUUGAAGAUACGAAGAUGGAGGUGUCACCUAAAACCUCCGAAAUCGAACUCGAAGAGGAAUCAUCAGAACUGAUCGACUCAGAGGCAUCGACAGUGACAGACGGUUCGAUCAAAUCCAAUGAGAGCAAACCAAAGAAAGAAGAGAACAACAAUGAAAAGAAGAAUACGAAGAGUACUACAGAGAAUGUCAAACCACCAUUGAUGAGUUCUUCUACGUUCCCCAAAAGUAAGAAUUAUUCAACCGGAGCUUCCCAGGUGUUUCGAAAUUUACUUACGUGUGGUGCGGUUGAUACCAACGAUUCUGCAUUAACGACGAUCAGUCGGGUCCAAAGAAAUUCGAAGAAUAAACUUCCAGAGACGAUUGGUGGUUCUGAGAGGAUCUUCGGUAAUGAUUGUAAUCGACAACCGCAUCAACAGAAUUCUAGGAAAAGCUCUAAUGGAAUGAAGAACUCAAAGAACACGAAUGAGAAGAAGAUGGCUUCUGCCGCUUGUAAGCCUGUGGCCGAGCCCAUUUGCUCGCAAUGUGGAAAACGAUUCAAUCCAGAGAAACUGCACUCCCAUAUGAAAUCUUGCAAAGGCAUGAAGAACUUAAGCAAGAGUGGUAGUGGUGGUGGUGCUACAAUGGCCCCUGAGAAGACAUCAUCACUGAGAUCAACAGACACCUCAUCGAAGGAUAUGUCAACUUAUUUCUUGACCUGCUAAUCAAUAUGUUCUUAUU